UGUCAUGGCGUUCUUCCACCUUCGUCCACUGUCUUCGACUCUUCGACAUGUCCUUACAAUAAAGUUUCAUAAUGAAUGAGAUGGCAAGUAAGCUUACAUCAAAGCUAAGGCCACACCAAAGUCGUUUACAAUUGGUUGAAAGGUUUAAAUUAUUCCCUCAUCAAAGAAAAGCUAAACAGAGAUAUCUUUUGGAUAGUGGUGUUGCGAACGUCAUUGCAUCGAAAUUGGGAAUUGCCAACACGUUGGUGUAUGAAUGUAAUCCUGGAGCGGGGGUGCUCUCGCGUGCGUUGCUAGAACAUGGUGCUUCUCAGGUUGUCGGACUAGAACACAACCGAAAAUUCUUGCCUUGUUUGGAGGAUCUGGAACAAGAUUCCUGUGGUAGGUUCGUAGUUGCGUAUGCCGACAUGGGAAAGCUUGAUGUGACAGGUCCAGGGAUACCUCCAGCCAUUCACUCUCACGAUCUCUUGAAUGGUGUUGAGAAAAUACCUUGGGAGGAUGAUCGCCUGCUUGCCAAAUUGGUUGGCAUUGAGAAAGAAAAAACUGCCCCAGCAAAUUUAAUGAACCUUCUCUUGCAUAUGCUUCGGUGCAGUGGGUUUUUCAGCAAGGGACGGAUUGAAGUGUCAUUAUUGUUUACUGAGGAUCGUGCAAAGAAACUCCUUGCACAGCCCGGUGAUAAAAUGUAUAACAGACUAGCUAUUCUCGCAUCUAUGCUUUGUGAUGUUGAACUACUUCAUGUUGAAUCAAAUGUUAGUUUUGAUCCAUUGCCUGUGAAAGGAUACUCGGAUCCAGUACCUCAGAUGCAUUUGAUAAGUUUGAGACCAAAAUCGGAUUUCAAGUUACAGGUUCCUGCACAUUGUAUUUUGUUGGUACCAAAAUUUCUGAAGUUGUUAACUUUGAAGACAAGUCAUCCCCUUACUAGAGCACUUGAGAACAUUUCACCUGGAGCAAGCCUACUUUUGAGGGAAAUGGGCCUGCCAGAAGUACCAAACCAUUGGAUCUUCAUCCUCAUCAGUUCAAAUUGCUCUUUGAGUUGUUUUUUAAUUGGGAAGACUGUAUGUUAGAUUUCUUAAUUGAUUAGACUAAAAGAAAUUGCACAGUUUGUAAAUUUAUUUAUUGAAUGAGUUGUUAUUGUAUUAUGCAACAAUACAUUAAAUUGCUACCUUAUAUUAAUAA